AUGUAUAUUUGUAAUGUACUACUCAUAAGGUUGCUGAAAACCCCUCAACAGCCCAUAACUGGACGAUUAUUAUUUCCGAUUCUGCCGCCCAAUGAAACAAACAAGUACCUGGUGGACCAAACACAUCGUAAAAUUCCUCUCUGGAAGAAGCUGUAUCUGAGACUUAUCAUGAGAAAAUCGAUUUACAAGCAUUUCACCCUGACAACUGUCGUAUUUGGUGUACGGUUGAGCAUCCCGGGGGUCCAUUCGUUCGGCUUCGAGAGAAUCGAACUGAACCUGGACACCAGAUGGAGACCACCGCAUUUAAUAACUUUCAUUCUGUUUAACACCUGA